AUGGAGGAGGAUGAGCAUGUGGUUAUACGGGGUGCGCAAGGCGGCUUGGUGAUACAGUCAUCGCGAGUGUACGUAUGGGACACUGGUGGUAGCGCUCCAUCAUCGGUUUGGCAUCACCCAACGGAGCACCAUGGUGAUCCGCCGGAGCAAUUCGAUGACGAGGGGGAUGUGGUUAUGGACCUUGAACUAGGCCCAGCACAGCAUUUGCAUGGAGGUAACGAGGGUGCGGGUAGUAAGCGGUUUCUCCGCGCCCUUAAACAACUCCUCCAGAUGCACAACCCCUGCAUCUUGGGCCUCUUCGAACCAAAGGUCUCGGGUACCCAGGCAAAUGUUAUUUGCAUGAAACUCGGUUUCUCGGAUUGGGUCCGGGUGGAAGCUGUACAGAAAACUGGCCAACGUCCUUGGUUUUUAGCAACGGUUUACGGGAGCCCGGCCCACAACUUGCGCCGACGGCUUUGGAGGGACCUUAGACAAUUGGCACGUGGUAUUUUUGCGCCCUGGAUGGUCGCCGGGGACUUCAAUUCGGUCCUGAACAGGGACGAAACCAGCAACUAUAACUCCUUCUUAGAUCAUCGAAAUUCUGAUUUUGGGAAUUGGAUCCAAGAUGAAGGGCUCAUUGACAUGGGCUUCGCUAGGCCAAGACUCACGUGGAUAAAGAAUAGCACGGAUACCUCCAAAGGAGUCCGACUUGGUCAGGUAGAGGGCGCGCGGCAACCAACGCAGGCCGCAUCUUUUAUUUUCCAGGCAGCUUGGCUCACUAAUACGGAGAUGCAUGAAGUUGUGAAGAGUCACUGGAGAACAGAUCAAGGCAUCGUUGAAAAUACUCGGAACAUGGCAAAGGAGCUGUCGAUUUGGAAUAGAAACUCCUUUGGGAACGUGUUUAUUCGUAAGAAGGUCAUACUGGCUCGUUUAAGAGGUAUUCAGGCAACUUUAGCGACAAACUUUCAUAGAGGACUCGCAAAGCUAGAACUAAAGCUCCGAAAAAACCUUGAAGAGAUCAUGCACUAG